AUGAGUCGCAUUCCUGAAGGACCAACACAUGUCAGCCUCUUCCCCAUCCCACCUUGGGAACUCAUUAAUAAAUACACUGAUAGUGCUGUUGCAGAUGGAACUGCGCCACCACCUCCUCACAUUCCCUCCUCGACAUCAUAUCAAAUGUUUGGCAUUCGUUAUAACACAGAUGAUCCCAUUCUGAGACCUUUAGAAUCUUUUGGAUUCAAAAGGGUUUAUCCACAAACAUACAGUCGCAAAGCCGAGUUAAAGAAGCUAAAUUUCUCGAUUUUGACCAAUUACCUUGACCUGCUUGAUGUCAUAACUCGGGACCCUAGCUCUCCCAAGCGUAAAGAAAAACUCGAUCAUAUUGGAUUACUUUUCAUUAACAUGCAUCAUCUCCUUAAUGAAUACCGACCGCACCAAGCCCGCGAUCUAGUCCGUGAAAUGCUAACAUAUCAGGUCAGGAUUGCUAGCGAAACCGUCCAUCAGAGUGAACAAUACCUGGCACGUGCAAACGAGACUUUGUCUCUUGCGGCCCAGACAAUUUCGACAGGAUCACAGGGUAGCAGCUCUAUUAGUUCUGUCUCAUUCGCCGAUCUUGGACCCGAGUUGGAUGCAUUCUUAACCGGGAUUCAGACCGAUAUGAAAAACAACCCACAAAGGACUAAUGUGAAAAUAGCUGAUGAGGACGCAGAGACUCCACAACUUCUGGAUCAGGCGUCUGAGAAACCAUCUGACGAUUCACGCGACGACGCCCUAGAUCCGUGCAUUUGGUCCUUCUUGCAGGAAAACUAA